UCGACUUCCGUAGUUCUGACCAAUCUGCAGCACAAAGUCUGCUGAUCAUAAACUCUAGAGAUGUUUUAAGCACUGAAAUAAGAUUUCUACCCGCUGCUCGUCUCCUCAUGGCAGAGGUCUAUUAUGUUGGAGUGGAUGUGGGCACUGCCAGUGUGAGGGCAGCUCUGGUGACCAGAACAGGCCAGCUGAGGAGCACUGCAGAGGAGCCCAUCAGCAUCUGGGAGCCGCAGGCUGACCACUAUGUCCAGUCCUCCACUGAGAUCUGGGACAAAUGCUGCACUGUUGUCAAGAGAGUAACACUUAAUGUGGAGAAGACUCAGGUACGAGGGAUUGGCUUUGACGCCACCUGCUCUCUUGUGGUUUUGGACCAAAGCUUCCAGCCUGUUACAGUCAAUCAGGAUGGUGACACACAAAGGAACGUGGUGAUGUGGAUGGAUCAUCGUGCAGAAGAGCAAGCUGCACGAAUCACAAACACUGGCCACAGGGUCCUGAGCAGAGUUGGAGGGGUCAUGUCACCAGAGAUGCAGCCCCCUAAGCUGCUGUGGCUGAAAGAGAAUCUAAGGGAAAGUUGCUGGAACAAAGCUGCUCACUUUUUCGAUCUUCCUGACUUUCUGUCAUGGAAGGCGACAGGCUCUUUAACACGGUCUUUAUGUACUCUUGUGUGUAAAUGGACAUAUUGUCCUCCAGAGGGAUGGGAUGCAAGUUUCUGGAGCAGUAUUGGAGUGGAGGAUCUGCUGGAAAAUAACUGUUCCAGAAUAGGCAGUGUGACAUGUCCUCCAGGGAGCCCGCUGGGAGACGGCCUCACCCAGGAGGCGGCAACAGAUUUGGGUUUGGAACCAGGAACUGCUGUUGGUGCUUCCCUCAUCGAUGCUCAUGCAGGAGGCCUUGGGGUGAUUGGUGCAGACGUAAAAGGCUUUCACUUACCUUGUGAGGACCAGCCAAUCACAUGCCGUAUGGCAAUGAUCUGUGGAACAUCAACCUGUCACAUGGCAAUCAGUGAGAAGCCCCUGUUUGUGCCCGGUGUGUGGGGGCCCUGCCUGUCUGCCAUGGUACCUGACAUGUGGCUCAACGAGGGAGGACAGAGUGCUACAGGAAGGCUGAUCGAGCACAUGGUGAAGGGCCACGCCGCCUACACGCAGCUCCAGGAACAGGCACGGCAGAGAGUUCCCUUUGCUGGUGAAAACAUCUACAGUUACCUGAACAGCCACCUGAGUUUGAUGGCUAACUCCGGCUCUGCUGUUGACCUGCUGGGCUCCAGUCUUCAUGUGUGGCCGGACUUUCACGGGAAUAGAUCGCCUCUGGCUGACCCCACCCUGAAGGGCACGGUGAUCGGACUGUCUCUCUCCCAAACCCUUGAUGACUUAGCCCUGCUCUAUUUGGCGACUGUACAAGCCCUCGCUCUCGGUACUUUUCAUAUUCUGGAGGCCAUGAAGGAAGCAGGACAUGACAUCCAAACCCUUUUCCUGUGCGGCGGGUUGAGCAAAAAUGCCCUGUUUGUACAAAUUAAUGCCAACGCUACAGGGUUGCCUGUUGUAUUACCUGACCAGAUGGAGGCCGUGUUAAUAGGAGCUGCAGUCCUGGGUGCAUGUGCAUCACAGGACUAUAGCACUAUACAGGAGGCCAUGAAGAAAAUGGCCAAAGUGGGGAAAGUUGUUCAUCCUGACUGUGAACUCCAGAGCUUUUAUGAGAGAAAGUACAAGGUGUUCCUGCAACUGUUUGCCCACCAGAGGGAGUAUCAGACCCUCAUGAACCAGAGAUGACACUGCUGGUGGGAGGCGGCUGAGCCGGUGCUGACUCCCUCUGACGUAAUGGUGAUGACAAAUCCACACACUGGAGACAAAAGGAGGGGUCUCAGCUGUACUUUUUCUUAAAUGCAAUGCCUUUAUAACCUCAGAAGUUAGACAGAAGCAGCUCUCUGUGGCUGAAUAUCUGGGCGGGGAUUUGGUUUGUUUUAAGUACAGCUGCUGGCAGAUUUCCCACCACCUGGCAGAUAAUACUUGCAGAGACGAAUUUGGAGAAAGGCUGUAGCUCCUCUUCUAACCCAAAUGAAGGUGACAUUCAAUUUUAAACAUCACGUACACUCAGCUUCAAAUCUUUCUAAUAAAUGAUUGAAACGAUAAAA